UUGUGCGCGGAGCUACGUUCUAUGUGUUAAAAAUGCGCGCGCUAGUGAGUACUUUCUUGGCUUUAUUGUGAAAUUAUUUUGAAAAUUAUAAAUAUCAGAAUCAAACUGAAAAGAGGAAAAGUGACUGGGGCAAAGUGUCUGAUCAGUUCCCUGAGAAGUAAACUACCAGUGAAACACAAUAGAUAUUAAAUAAAGUGGACAAAAGAAGAAGUGAAGCCUGCUUAUUAGCUAGGCGGUCAGAACACAGUUUAUGCCAGGGAAUAGAAUGGGAUGAUGAGGACAUAAACUUGAAAACUCUAGAUUGAGGAUACGGGUAAAGAAGACAGUGAGAGAACCUGAAAUGGCCAACAAUCCAUCGUUAGACCCAGGGAUAGAAGUUCCCUUCUGGUUGAACAAUACACAGAAAUGGAUAUCCGGCAUAAACUCAACCACAAGCUGUAGUGACGUCAUCAAAGCCCUGUUGUCCGCCUCGGGGCGGUUAAAAGAUACAGAUUCCUUGGAUAAAUUUGUUCUGGUUGAGAGAUGGCGGAGAGUUGAACGCCCACUAAAGAAGGAUUCAAGUUUGCUAAAGAUUUACUCCGCCUGGGGUGAGGAGGCAGCCGAAGUACAAUUUAUUCUAAAGCGAGUAUCAAACCGGAGACCUGAACGGCGGAGAGUGAGACGGGUGAACAGCAAGCUGGUCAAACAGCUGGCUCAGCUUGAGUCUAGGCAUCCCAGGCAUACCUCAGAUACUGAAUCCGAGGUUUCAAGUUUCCAAGACAAUGUGCAGGGUUUACUGAAGAUUAUAAUAAACCAACGUGAGACGAUCCAGCACCAGCUGCAUAAUCUGAAAGCCAAGGAUUUCUAUUUGAAGAGUUUAGACAGGUCUUUUUCUUGUUUGGAUGGACGGGAGUAUGUUCUUAGAAACUACCUGGAUCAAAUACCAGAGCAUAGCGAGGAGACUGGUGAGGAUGAGGAGGAUGAGGAGGAGGAUGGUGAGGUUGAAGGACGGGAGGAGGAGAGUCAAGAUAGUGGAUGUGGGAGUGGGAAUGAUACUCAGGAUAGCAGUAAUGAAGCUCUGUCUCCGAACCCUAACCUGGAGAAACCUCUCAUUGUCUCGGAAAACCCCGGUUUCUCCUCAACCAAUAACCUUCCGUCCUACACAGACAGGACAGACAAAGAGGACAAAUUGUUUGGACACCAGGACCACCAGGACCGAUCUCUUGGGGCCCUGGACCAUGAUGAGAAAUCCCUGGGGGCCCUGGAAUCACUGUUUGAGAAGCUUUUUCACCUCAAUAGGAAACUCGAGAUUCAGGAAGAGGAUGUGUUCCGACUAACAGUGCAGAUGGAAACCAUUCUGGCCUCAGAACAUACAACAAACCUCAACCCAGAACAGGAAAUGUUGCUUGAGCAGGAACUGUGUGUUGCCCAGGAAGAACUGGACUGUAUGGCCAGGCUUAACUCAAGACUUGGAUAUGAGAUUAAGAGGAAUGAGUUGGCACUAACAAAUAUGAUCAGGAACUACGAAGGUCGGAGGCAGUUUGCGGAGAGGUUGGAGAAUGAAAAUAUCCGGCAGCCCCGGGACCUAGAGGAGGAUAAGGACCGAGGAUUGAGGAGGAUUGUUGAAGAGUCUGAGUAUGAAGUGGAGGAGGAGGAAGAGGAUGGGGAGAGUGAGAAUGAAGAAAAAGAAUUUGUAAGAUUUGAAGAUUCCGAUAAAUUAGAACUUUUCCCAGUUCUUGAUCCACCCCAGGAGUUUCAAAACUGUUUAUCCCCUAGCGCCAUUUACGAUAUGACGUCAGGUUAUGAAAGCUCACAAGUACGGUACAUGGAAAACCGGUUUCCGUUGAACUAUGAGAAACCAGUGAUUAGAGCGAGUGUAGCGAGUCCUGCAUACUCCCAGGAUUCAAUGUCGUCUCAAAUGACGUCAUCAAGCGCAACGGAGAAAUCUGUUCGAUUCUCCGACAGAGACUAUAUUCUGUCAACCCCGGAGCCCCAACCUUACUCCAGGGAAGGUGGACGAGACAGCUCCGAGACCGGAAGUAGGGUGAAGGGUAUAUUGAAGUGUGAUGGUCGAGUACCGGAUGUAACCUCUUUUAUGUUGGAUAAUGAGGACGGCACACUUGUCUAAUUAAUCUUUUUAAUUAUUUUUACUUUAUAUGCCGUCUAUAAUUAUGAAUUGUACCUGGGCUAAACACUAUUAAAUCUUUAAUAAUAAUAAAACAGAAGAUAGUAAAAUAUCUUUAUUAUUUUCUAUAUGGUCACAGAUUUACAAAAAGAAAAUAGAAAUUAACAAAACUAUUUCUGAUUUCUUUGAUCUGUGCAGUGUGCACGUUGUGCGCAGAUUUGUUCUAUAUGCAGGCAUAUACUUGGCCUUGAAUACUUGGCUUGUUUUACAUGCAUAUUUCUGGCGGGAAAGUCUACAUACUUGAGACAAUGAAUGAUUAGUCGGCUAACCAGCUCCAAACUAGCUUUUUAGUUAUUUACUCACAUUAUUAACUUAUAUCACCUCAUUUAUUGGAUCAAUACUAUCGAUUGAAAUAUUAAGAUUUAGAUUAAAAGACACUAUUUUCCAAGAAAACACCCAAGUGGCAUCUCCCAAAAGUAAUUCUUUGAAUAGAUUAUUAUAAAUUAGUUGAUAUUUUCCCCCAAACCAGUAUCAUAGCUCCAUCUAAAUUCAACAAAAUCUUACCUAAUCCCUAUUUGGAAAGUAACCUUUUAAUGCUAUUAUUGAAUGUUGUUUAAAAACUGCAUUAUAUACAUAGUUUUAUUUCAUGUUUGAAAAAGAUAUUGACAAAAUCUUCACUUUUUUAAUUCGAGUUUAAAAAGUAUUUUUAUUCAAAGAUUAGAAUAAUGAACUUGUAAACAUUUUUUGUAAAUUUUCAAAAUUUCUGAAUACCACAAGACCUCAUUUUCCAGUCUCUUAAAAUUCUGGUUUAUUAUAAAACUAAUCUAAAUAUGAGUUGUAAAGUGAGUUCUAGUCAGAAAGUAAACUGUGAUAUGUAAAUUAGAAACAUUUUUUGUACAUU